AAAAAAACUUAAAAAGAUUAACAGCCGGAAAAGCAACCUCACAUACACCACAAGCCAGCAGACGGAGGGACUGUCCCAUCACGGAAGGUGUCCUGUGCCCUGAGCCCACAAGAUGCCAAGAGAAGAGACUCACUUCAUGUAUGGUUACCCAAAGAAGGGGCAAGGCCACUCCUACAUCACUGCUGAAGAGGCUGCUGGGAUUGGCAUUCUGACUGUGCUCCUGGGAGUUUUGCUGCUCAUCAGUUGCUGGUACUGCAGAAGACGAAGUGGAUAUAGAACCUUGAAGGACAAAAGCCUUCAUGCUGGUACUCAAAGUACCCUGCAGGUAAGAUGCCUGCCUGAGGGACCUGCUCACCAGGACAGCAAACCUUUUCAAGAGCACUAUUAUGAACCUCAGGUCCCCAAUGCUCCACCUGCCUAUGAGAAACUCUCUGUAGAACAGUCACCACCACCUUAUUCACCUUGAGAGACAAGGCAUCUGAGAGAAGCAGGAAUGAAUUUCUUCACACUUUUUCUUGGAUUUAUUAUAGACAUCUAAUAUUCUGCUUUGGAAUGCUAUAGGAACAAUGUACAUUGUCUGUAUAAAGUUUGGCGUCAAAUUCUUAGUAGGGCAACCAGCAGUACUAAUCAAGGGAGGAAAUGAUGAGAAAUAUUAAAAUGGGAAAAACUUUGCCAAAUAAACAUUUUAAUGCCUGAUACUAUCUGUGCCGAAAGUAAUUGCUAAAAAAUCUACAGUGUGGUUUUCAGAGGUAUAG